CCCACCCCCCCACCCCGCCAUGUGGGCCCCCAGAAACCCGGAUCCGCCACCCCGGCAGAUGUGCCUUCCUGACCCUGGCCCUGGCCCGGCAGCGAAGCUUCUGCGGACAUUCAGGGACCGAUUCCGCCGCCGCUGAGCCCCCAGGCCUCUGCCAGUCUCCAUCCUCAGGCCCCUCUCUGGUCUCUGGGCAUCAGGUGCCACCCGUGCCCAUCCAGCUGGCUCCCUCGCCCUCGCCCCUGCUGCAGCGAUGCUGCACACCGAGGGCCACGCGCUUCUCCGAGCCGUGGGCCAGGGGAAGCUGCGCCUGGCCCGCUUGCUCCUGGAAGGGGGCGCCUACGUGAACGAGGGCGAUGCCCAGGGGGAAACGGCGCUGAUGGCAGCCUGCCGCGCCCGCUACGACGACCCCCAGAACAAGGCGCGCAUGGUGCGUUACCUCCUGGAGCAAGGCGCGGACCCCAACAUCGCCGAUCGCCUGGGGCGCACGGCGCUCAUGCACGCCUGUGCGGGCGGCGGGGGCGCCGCCGUGGCCUCCUUGCUCCUGGCCCACGGAGCCGACCCCUCGGUCCGCGAUCACGCGGGGGCCUCGGCGCUGGUGCACGCCCUGGAUCGCGGGGACCGGGAGACCCUCGCCACGCUGCUAGACGCCUGCAAGGCCAAAGGCACCGAGGUCAUCAUCAUCACCACGGACACGUCGCCUUCGGGCACCAAGAAAACCCGGCAAUAUCUCAACUCGCCGCCGUCCCCGGGCGUGGAGGAGCCCGCUCCAGUGGUGCCACCUCCCAGCCCGGGCGUGUGCGCGUCGCCCUCGGAGAUCCAGCUGCAGACAGCGGUGGGCAGCGGUGGUGGUGGUAGUGGAGGAGGAGGAGGCGGCCGGGCUGUGCUGUCCCCGCGCGCGCAGGAGGAGGAGGAAAAGCGGGAUGUGUUCGAGUUCCCUUUACCCAAGCCCCCCGAGGAUGCUUCCCCGGCGGAGCCCCUCGCCAAGCCACCCCGACACCCGCCCAAACCGCUCAAGAGGCUCAAUUCCGAGCCUUGGGGCCUGGUGGCACCGCCGCAGCCCGUCCCGCCCGCCGAGGCGCGCCCGGGAACCGAACGCUUGACGGCCGACUUCCAGGGCUUGAGCCUGUCCGGCCGGCCUCGCCUCUCGCGCCGGCAUAGCACCGAAUGCGCCGAGGAGCCGCCGCCCUGGGCCGAGCGCGUGGCGGGUGCGGGCGCGGGGCUGCUAUCCCGGAGGAACACCGCACCCGAAGCGCAGGAACCGGGACUCCCGGCGGGGUUGCGGCAGAAACUGAGCCGUAUGGAACCCGUGGAACUCGAAGGCCCGGGGGGGCUGUGCCCCGAUUCCCCCGAAUGCAGCCGGCCGGCCCUGGAGCGCAGACGCUACAGCGCAUCCCCGCUCACGCUGUCCUUCACCGGCCAGUCCCAGGAGAGCCUCCCCGGGGCCGUGUCGCCUCUGAGCGGGCGCAGGAGGAGUCCCGGGUUGCUGGAGCGACGGGGUUCGGGCACGCUGCUCCUGGACCACAUCUCGCAGACGCGGCCGGGUUUCCUGCCUCCCCUCAACGUCAACCCUCACCCCCCGAUCCCCGACAUUCGCCCCCAAGCCGGAGGCCGGGCGCCGUCCCUGCCCGCUCCUCCCCAAGCCGGGGCGCCGGCUUCGCCCAGGACCAAACGCAAGCUGGUACGGCGCCAUUCCAUGCAGACGGAGCAGAUCCGCUUGCUCGGGGGUUUCCAGAGUCUGGGUGGGCCCGGCGAACCGGGGCGCUGAUGGAUUCGGAAGAGGGGAGGGCGCCGGCGGGAGAAGCAGCUCACACUUUUAUUUUGCACGCUAGCACGUGUCCUUUUGGACACGAGGCGCGCGCACA